AAAUAGUGAUAUAGGAGAGGGGGGGAGGGAGUGGUGGGUCAGCCUCGUGUUGUUGUUACUGAUCUUGUUACAACUGUCUCUUAUAUAUCACCAUGAUGAUGGCUGGAGGUCAACCCAUCAUUGUUCUCAAUCAGAACACUAAACGUGAAAGUGGACGUAAAGUUCAGCUACAGAACAUCAGUGCUGGCAAGAUGAUAGCCGAUGUUAUUCGUACAUGUCUUGGACCACGGUCGAUGUUGAAGAUGUUGAUGGAUCCCAUGGGUGGCAUUGUAAUGACUAACGAUGGAAAUGCCAUUUUGCGAGAAAUCACGGUCCAACAUCCAGCUGCCAAGCAUAUGAUUGAAAUUGCACGUACUCAAGAUGAAGAGGUUGGAGAUGGUACUACAAGUGUAGUGAUCCUUGCUGGAGAAAUGCUGGCCGUGGCUGAACAAUUUCUAGAACAAAAGAUGCAUCCUGUGGUCAUCAUCCAGGCAUACAGACAAGCUCUUGAUGAUGCCAUUUCAGCACUUAAAAAUAAUCUUAGUAUACCAGUUGAUAUCAACAGUGAGGAACAGACAAUUGAUGUUAUAAAAUCAUGCAUAGGCACAAAGUUCAUGGGUCAGUAUGCAGACUUGGCAUGCUCUAUUGCUCUCCAAGCUGUCAAGACUGUUACCACUGAUGAAGGAGGUCGUAAGGAAAUUGAUAUUAAAAAAUGGGCAAGAAUUGAGAAGAUUCCUGGAGGACGUAUUGAGGAUUGCCAAGUUUUGAAGGGUAUCAUGGUAAAUAAAGAUGUAACCCAUCAGAAAAUGAGGCGCCGUAUUGAAAACCCACGUAUUAUUCUUCUUGAUUGUCCCCUCGAGUACAAGAAAGGAGAAUCUCAAACCAGUGUGGAGCUUUCCACAGAGACUGACUUCACAAAGAUGCUGGAAAUUGAAGAAGAGCAUGUCAAAUCCCUGUGUGUGGAUUUGAUUGCCUUAAAACCUGAUGUUGUCAUCACUGAAAAAGGUGUUUCUGACUUGGCUCAGCAUUACCUUGUGAAAGCUGGUAUUACCUGCAUUAGGCGUGUUAAGAAGUCUGACAAUAACAGAAUUGCCCGUGCUUGUGGGGCAACCAUCGCUAACCGUACAGAGGAAUUGAAAGAGGAGGAUGUGGGUACUGGAGCAGGACUAUUUGAGAUAAAGAAGAUUGGUGAUGAGUAUUUCACAUUCAUCACAGAAUGUAAAGAUCCAAAAGCAUGUACCCUUCUCCUCCGAGGCCCUAGUAAGGAUAUCCUUAAUGAAGUUGAACGCAACUUGCAUGAUGCCCUCGGUGUGGCUCGAAACCUCGUAUUAGAACCAUUCUUGGUACCUGGUGGAGGAGCUGUGGAAAUGGCUGUAUCGCAGAUUCUACAGGAGAAAGCCAAAUCUGUGUCGGGUGUAAAGCAAUGGCCUUAUACUGCACUUGCCCAGGCUUUAGAGGUAGUUCCACGCACAUUGGCUCAGAACUGUGGAGCCAAUAUUAUCAGGUUGCUGACAGCUUUGCGAGCAAAACAUGUAAGUGGUGAAACAUCAUGGGGUGUAGAUGGAGAAACGGGGGAACUUGCCAACAUGAAAGCUCAUAAAAUCUGGGAGCCUCUUGCAGUGAAAUUACAAGUUUACAAGACAUCUGUAGAGACUGCAGUAAUGCUUUUGAGGAUUGAUGACAUUGUAUCUGGCUCUAAGAAAAGCAAAGAGGAUGCUUCAGGAGGGGUGCCAGCAGACAUGGGACCAAUGGAUUAAUUCAACCAGUGAAAUUAAAUGUGAACGGAUUUAUUCUCUUAACUUUGAACCUUGGUUGUGACUGAAUAUUUUACUUGCUAAGCUCUGAUUUUUUUCCAUCAUUCAAAUCAGAAUGAAAAUAAAUUUUUGGUUGAGAAUAUUGCUGCUUGGAUAACUCUUGUAAUUAAGAUCAACUACUUAGCUCACUCAUAAGUUACACUAAUGACAAUUUAAAUAGAAAACAUUAAACUGCUCUCAAAGCUUGUACUAGUACAUAACAUACUGAGGUCAGCUGCACCAUUUCAUAUGUUAAGAAACUAUAAAAAUAUAAUGUAAAAAAUAAAAAGCUAUUAUUAA